UUCCACUCCGCCCCGACAGGGGGCGGUGUGGGUCGCUGGCUCUGUCAGCGGACUGUCAUGGCGGCGCCCUGUGUGAGGUUAGAGCGACUGAUGAAGAUGAGCUGAGAGAAGAAGCUGAACACGUGAACUCAGGUAUGAAUGUGAUGUCUUCAGUGAUGUCAUCAGCGAUGCGGGCAGCGCGGCGAGUCGUCCAUGCCGACCCGGCUCUGCUCCGCAGCUUCCUGUCUCCGCCCCUCCAUGGUCCUGCCCAGAGCCCCGCCCCCUUGCUCGCCUGUCAUCAGAACAGGAAGUAUGCCUCCAAACAGGUCAAAGGUCAAAAGAAAGAGCAGAAGAACCCGAAGGUCAAAGCCAAAGUGGACAAACAGGAAGUGGAGAUCAGUCAGAGGAUGACGGUGUCGGCUCUCGCUGAGGCCAUGAACAGAGACUGUGAUCACGUCUUCGAGGCCCUGCUGAACACCUCGGUGGAUCUGGACUCUCUGGAUCCAGACUCGGUUCUGGACGAGAACUGGAUCAAAGAGGUGGUGACUCGUUCAGGGAUGAAGUUCAAAUGGGCCAAUCUGAGCGAGAGCAAGAAGAGAACCAACAGGGACGCCCACCGCAGACCUCCAGCAGACCCGUCCAACCUGGUGUCACGCCCCCCUGUGGUCACCAUCAUGGGUCACGUGGACCACGGUAAGACCACCCUGCUGGACAGUCUGAGGAAGAGUCAGAUCGUGUCGAUGGAGGCCGGAGGAAUCACUCAGCACAUCGGAGCCUUUCUGGUUCAGCUGCCGACAGGUGAGAAGAUCACCUUCCUGGAUACUCCAGGUCACGCAGCCUUCUCCUCCAUGAGGGCCCGGGGAGCCAGUGCCACCGACAUCAUCAUCCUGGUGGUGGCGGCCGACGAUGGCGUCAUGAACCAGACGGUCGAGUCCAUUCAGCACGCCAGGAGAGCCAAAG